AUGCACGAUUAUGUAAGAAUUAAUAGCAUAAAACUAGAACAAGAUUUAGAAGUAGAAGAAUAUUAUUCUUUAGAUUCUGGGUUAAGAAUAAUUUUAAAUAAAACAAAGAGUCCUAAGAUAUAUGGAUUUUUCACCUUAUUAACAGAAGCUGAGAAUGAUGAAGGGUUACCACAUACAUUAGAACAUUUAAUAUUUUUAGGUAGUCAUAAAUAUCCAUAUAAAGGAUUAUUAGAUUUUUUAGCUUAUAAAUGUUUAUCAGAAGGUACAAAUGCUUGGACGGCUAUUGACCAUACAUGUUAUACAAUAGAAACCUUUGGUAUAGAAGGAUUUUGUAAUAUUUUGCCGAUAUAUUUAGAUUUUAUUUUGAACCCUACGUUAGAAAAUAAUAUGUUUUUAUCAGAAGUACAUCAUAUAUUUGAAAACGGAACACAUAACGGAGUAGUAUACUCAGAAAUGAAAUCUAUCGAAAAUAAUUGUGAGAAUAUUGUAGAACGAACUGUUAUAACAAAUCUUUAUCCAAGUAAAAAAGGAGGUUAUAGAUAUGAAACAGGGGGAACCUUAGAAGGAUUAAGACAAACGAAUAAUAAUCGAGUUAGAGAAUAUUUUAAAAAAUUUUAUAAAUUAAAUAAUUUUGCUAUUAUUAUAUUUGGUAAUUUUAAAAAUGAUGUUAUACUAGACAUAAUACAUAAGUUUGAAGAAUAUCACCUAGAAUUAAAUCCUUCCCAAAAAAAACAAAUAAUAGAUAUAAAUAAUUAUUAUAAUGAUCAAAAUAGAAAUGAUAUUAUAAAAGAACAAAAGGAUAAUAUUUAUUUAAAUAAAGAAGGAAAAAAAAAUAUAUAUGACAUUCAAAAAUGUAAAGAAUUGUUUUUAAAAGAUAUUCAAAGUAAUAAUAGACCAUGGAGAAGACCUGAAAAUAUUGAAAAAAGAGAAGGAUCUUUAAUGAUUAAAAAAUAUUAUCCUUGUAAUAAUUUAAAUAAUGGACAAGUUACAAUAGCUUGGAGAGGAUGUGCUUGGGAAGAUGUACAAACCAAAUUAGCUAUAUCAUUAUUAGGAAAUUAUCUUACAGAUUUAACAACAUCUCCUGUAAGUAAACGAUUAUUAGAAGAUAAAGAAACAUACUGUAGUAGUUUAGAUUUUUCUCUUGAAGAUUUAAAAGAAAAUUAUUUUUCAAUAGAUAUAUAUGAUGUGUCAUAUAAAUAUAAAUGUAACAAAUUCUCUAACGGUAUUAAUGAUCAUAAUGUACGAACAAAUACGGAUACACAAAAAGGAAUCACCAACGUUAAUCAAAAUAAUAAUGAUAAUAAUAAUGAUAAUAAUAAUAAUGAUAAUAAUAAUAAUAAUAAUAAUAAUGAUCACUAUUGUAAGAAUAGUAUUAAGAAUAUACCAUGUAACCACCCCCAAGAUAACAAAAAUGUAAUCGAACCUUCAAGCGAAAAAUGUAAUAUUAAUGUAAAUCCAUCAGAUGUUCCUAAUGAUAAUAUAAAAAUGAAUGUUGUUGCGGAUAUCACAAGAAAUUGUUUAAAUGAAGUGUAUGAGAAACCAUUAAAUAUGGAUAGAUUAAAAAAUAUUAUUAAACGUUCCUAUUUACAACAUUUACGAGAUUUAGAGACAUCACCACAUUAUUUAUUAAACGAAAUAUUAAUUAAAUAUUUUAUUUAUGGAUCUAAUAUUUGUGAUUUAGAAAAAUGCUUAAAUUUAAAAAAAAUAUAUAUUAAACUUCUUAAUGAAGAUGAAAAAUAUUGGAAAGAUAUUUUAAAAAGAUAUAUUUUACAGAAUGAUUAUGUGGAAGUUCGUUGUUAUCCUAGUGUUAAGAAAGCUAAAAAAAUUGAAAAUUUUGAAAAAAAAUUAAUAGAAAUGGAACAACAGAAAUAUGGUAUGGAGAAAUUAAAUAAAAUGGUUGAGAAUAUUAAGAAAAUUAAAGAAAAUAUAGAAAAAAAACCUCCUAAAGCUUCAAUAGAUAUUGUUGAAUCUGCUAAACCAAGAAAUGUAUAUAUAGAAGGUAUAAGCGUUUUUAGAAAUUUCAAAUCUUUGAUGAAUGAACCUAACAAAACGGAUGAACAAAUUUUUGCAUGCGUCAAAGCUACAAUCACUAAGAAUGAUAAUAAUAAAAAAAAUAAUCAAAAUAAUGAUAAUAAUAAUAAUAAUAAUGAUAAUAAUAAUAAUAAUCAAAAUAAUGAUAAUAAUAAUGAUAACCAUAGCAAUAAUAGCUCCAUCGAGAAUUUUCGAUUAUUAAAAAAACUUACAGAAGAUUUAAAAAGAAUAAUUUUUCCUAUUCAACUAAGCAAUAUUUAUUCCAACUUUGUUUGUAUCCAUGUUUUGAUAAAUUCGAAAAAUAUAGAUAAGUGUUUAAAACCAUAUUUACCGUUAUUAAGCUAUCUUAUGUUCGAAACGGAUAUUGUUGUAAAUAAUAAAAAUAUAAAAUGUGAACAUUUUAUUGAAGAGAUGAUUAGAAAUACCAUUAAUUAUGAUUGUAAUUUUGGUCUUGGUGAAAAUGCAAAGAAUUUUAAGGCAGGAAGUUUAGGUAAUAUUAUAUGUAUACAAAUAGUAGGAUUAUUAGAAAAUUAUGAAAAAUUAUUUGAUUUAUUAUUUUUAUCUAUAUUUAAAAUGAAUUUAACUUUACAUAGAUUAGAAAUUAUAUUAAAAUCAGCAUAUCAAAAUUUAUUACAAAAAAAAAACAAACCAAAAACUUUAGUAAUAAAUUUGGAAUAUGCUUUAAGAUAUAUGAAGAAUAGUAAUUCAGGUUUGGUAUCCAUAGGUCAACAGGAAUUAAUAUUAAAAUUAAUUGAGAAUAAGAAUAAUUUAUUAGAUGUAUAUAAUAAAUUAAAUUUAUUAAAAGAUCAAUUAUUUAAUUUAAAAAAUAUAGUUUUAGUAAUAGAUGGGAACUUUUCUAAGGUUCAUAAUAUUUUUUCAUGGUAUGAUAAAUGGUUUACAAUUAAAAAUAUGCAAACAUGUGAAUAUACAAUAAAUAAUCCGAUUAUUGAUUUUAAUUUUGAUUCAGAUAUUAGUAACACGUGUGAAUCUUUUAAAUAUCUUGACCAAAGCACCAAAACACAACAACAUAAAGAACAACAACAUAAAGAAGAACAUAAAGAAGAACAACAUAAAGAAGAACAACAUAAAGAACAACAACAUAAAGAACAACAACAUAAAGAACAACAACAUAAAGAACAACAACAUAAAGAACAACAACAUAAAGAACAAAAUAAUGAUGAUAUAAAUUCUUAUAAUUAUUGUAACCAUAUCUGUAAUAAUGAAGAAGAAGAAAAUGAAUCCAGCAAAUAUAUCUCCUUAGGACCUAAUCAACAUAAAAGUUUAAAAGAAUAUUUAGAUACCCAAUUUGAAGCAGAUGAUAAACAUUUUGAAAUGAACUAUAUUAAAGAUAAAGCAUACAACGGUGUUGUAUGCGGAAUUAAGAGUACAGAUGUUUCUUAUUUAAAAUUAACUAUAAAAGCCCCUUCAGGAUAUGAUAAUAAAUAUUAUUGUUGUUUAUUAGUUCUAAGAGAAUUCUUUUCAAUGACUGAAGGACCAUUAUAUAAUAGUAUUAGAGGAGGUGGGUUUGCAUAUGAAUGUGCUUUAGAAUAUAAUUGUAUUUUGGGUGAAGUUAGUUUACGUAUUUAUAGAUCAAGUGAUAUAAUAAGUGCUUUAAGAGAAGCUAUCAAAAUAUUGAAGUAUUAUUGCAAUAAUGAAAUGAAAGAAAACGAAUUAUCUAUUGCUAAAAGUAGUGCUUAUUAUAGUAUCUUUAAUAACCAAGAAACCGUUAGUGAUCGUGCUAGCCAAACUAUCUUUUUAAGCUUAAAAAAUUUAAAUUUAAAUUUUUAUCAAGAAUUAUUAUCAAAUGUUGAAAAAAUUACAACAAAAGAUAUGCUAUAUGUUUGUCAAACAUAUGUAUCAAAAAUUGUAAACUUUAAAAUCGAUAAAAAAAAUGCACUCAUGGGAUCAACCUUAUCUAUAAUAUGUUGUUCAGAAAAAACGGAAGAAAUUGUUAAUGCUCUUAAACAAAAAAAUGAUAUAAUAAAUUUUGGUGAUAUCUGUAAUGUAGACGUAACACAAUUAUAUCAAUUUUUUAAAACCUAUGAUAUUAUCUCAGCAUUAAAAUUACCAUCUUAUAAAGAUAAUCUUUAUGGAAAUCAUACAAAUGUGUUAAAUGAUCAUAACGUAUUGGAACAAGAUAACAUAUUGGAUGAAGACAACACACCAGAUGAUGACAACACACCAGAUGAUGACAACACACCAGAUGAUGAUAACACAUCAGAUGAUGAUAACACGUCAGAUGAUGAUAACACGUCAGAUGAUGAUAACACGUCAGAUGAAUGUUUCGAGAUUUCUUGUUGUUCAGUACAUUCCGAGGACGACAGCUAUCCAGGUUCAUCAGACCAUGAGAAAUUAUAA